AUGACAGACAAUCGCAUCGCAGACUGGGUCAACGACCAGAUCAAUCUCCAGAAACAAUCAGCCAUGCGGUUCACCGGAAGACAUGAUGUGCUUGUGCCCGGAUCGCAUGCGACACGAGAUAUAGUCGACUUCGAUUUCCAUGCCGAGAUGGCAGGCUUCGCCGAUCUGGAAAUGAUACAAAUAAGGCGGUUACAUGUCGCGGAAAAAGCCUUUGUUACCACCGCUGAAGAUGGAAAAACUGAUGAGAAUGAAUUGGUAAAGCAAGCGAUCAACCAAAUGGAAAGCAUUAUGGCGCUUGGUCAUGGCAGAAUCACGUUUGAUAACGUGUUCGUCAACUAUGACGGUAUGCUCACCAACUUGCAAGCAUGCGCAAAUCGAGCAUAUUAUGGUGGCAGGGUAGAGUUUGGCAACGAGAACGCCUCGGGUGCUAUAGAGUCAGAAGACCCAGUGGCCGCUGAUAGUCCACAAAUCAGCAUCCAGGCUGUUUGGCGAUACAAAUGGGAUAAGCCUGAAGCGCGAAGUUCUCUCCGUCGUGUCUGUCAAUCACCCUCGGACAUAAAUACAGGGCCCAGGCCCGUGUCCUGGCACUGGCGCAUCCAGCACGCCAUGGUGGACGGCGAGCAAGGCGUUAUCAGCCUGCAUGAUGAGAUCAGCGGAACUGCGCCAAUGGUUAAAGCGAUUGCAAAGUACGCUUUGCGAGAACCUUUGACGAAGCAAGGCAACUUCGGAACGUGUAAGAUCCACAAAUGGGGACUGCAUGAGCCGAACGAUGAGCGUCCGUACGUUGGGACCACACGGUUCGGUGAGUCUGUCAGGGAACUUCCACCACCAUAUUCUGAAUAG